ACUAGCCAUUGCGCCUAGUUCGUAUAAUUGCGGAACUUAGUACAUCUAAACUAUGUCUUUGAAACAGGCUGUUGCCAAAAAAUUAAUGGAUGAGAUAAUUAUCCCUUUGAGAAAGCCUAAAGAUUGGAAAGUUCUUGUUCUGGAUCGAUUAGCCACUAGAAUUGUAUCUUCGUGUUGUAAGAUGCAUGAAAUAAUGAAUAACGGCAUAACAUUGGUUGAAGAUAUUUUUAAGAAAAGGGAAGUGCUGCCGAUUGAGGCAAUAUACUUGAUCACUCCUACAGAUGAAUCUUUAAAACUUCUAAUGGAGGAUUUUCAAGGGUCCCAGAGUCAAUAUCGUUAUGCACAUGUCUUUUUCACCGAAGCUUGCCCAGAUGAGCUGUUCAACCGGCUUUGCCAGUCGAAUUCCGCCAUAUUUUUAAAAACGCUUAAAGAAAUCAACAUAGCUUUUCUACCAGUUGAAUCUCGAGUCUUUUCGUUGGAUUCACCCAUGAGCUUUCAAUAUUACUUCAAUCCAGUAGCCAGACAACAAGGUUCGGGACAGCAACUUGAGCGAAUCGCUGAACAGAUUGCAACGUUGUGUGCCACAUUAGGUGAAUAUCCCGUUAUUCGUUACCGCACUCAGUUUGAAAGGAACGCCGAGUUCGCACAGUUAGUUCAACAAAAAUUGGAUGCAUACAAAGCGGACGAUCCUCAAAUGGGCGAGGGUCCACAAAAAGAAAGAAGUCAAUUGAUUUUACUUGACCGGGGAUUCGAUCCUAUCUCGCCUAUUUUACAUGAACUCACUUUCCAAGCCAUGGCUUACGACUUACUGGCAAUUGAGAAUGAUGUUUACCGUUACAUCAACACAUCAGGUCCUGAGGAACGUGUUAAAGAAAUUAUCUUGGAUGAAACUGAUGAGCUUUGGUGUGAACUUCGUCAUCAACACAUAGCAGUUGUUUCACAACAGGUUACUAGCAAAUUGAAAAAGUUCGCUGAAGAUAAACGUAUGGUUAACGCUGGCGAUAAAACUACAAUGCGUGAUUUAAGUCAAAUGUUAAAAAAAAUGCCUCAAUAUCAAAAAGAAUUAUCCAUGUAUUCAACACAUUUUCAUUUAGCUGAAGAUUGUAUGCAAACUUAUCAAAAUCAUGCUAAUAAAUUAUGUAAAGUCGAACAAGAUUUAGCCAUGGGUACUGAUGCAGAAGGUGAACGAGUCAAAGAUCAUAUGCGUACAAUGGUUCCUAUUUUAAUUGAUCAGUCAGUUUCAGCCUAUGAUAAACUUCGUGUGAUUCUUUUGUAUGUUAUACAACGGGGCGGUAUAAAUGAAGAAAAUUUAGCUAAAUUAGUUCAACAUGCUCAAAUCCCCUCAUCACAGGCAUGUAUUGUACGUAAUUUGAUGCAUUUAGGAGUUCCUGCUAUCCAGGAUGCUUCAGGAGCUGUAAGCGGUUUUUUCUCUAAACAUAAAGCUUCCACUAAACUUCCGAAUCACUACUUAUAAAUAGUGUAUUAACAUUUUUGUUUAUGCACCUUUUUAAUUACUUGUUUAAGGGAUAGAUUGAUUUAGAUUUUUAACUUGAUAGAUUGGGAAAUGUAGAAAUGUUUAGUAGACUUUGUUCGAAACCAGGAAAUGGAUGUCAGCUGCGAAUACUUAUAAUCUCUCGGAAUAAUCACUUCUAUCCAAUUUAUAUUUCAGUCGGUUCUGCACACUGGAGCACACGAAAUUAAUUACUUUCUAUGCGGUGAGUGCUCACCGUAUUAUGUCCAGUAUCAUACACAUGGUUAGAUAUUUAGUAUAACCUGUCUGCCGGAUUGAUAAUUAACUAUCAUAAAACGAUCUUGGUUAUAGUGUUAGUGUAGGCUUUGGUAUGCUUGGUGUUGCAAAUAUUACGAGGAUAGAUAGCAACCAGAAAAUUCGCAUUCUCGUCAUAUCAUUUAUAUGGUGCAUUUAUCAGUGAUCUAUUUUUUAUGCUAAAUAUAAUGUGAAAAUCUACCAUUGUUUUCAAACCGUACUUAUACUCUCUCCUAUCUCCAGCUCUUAUUAUUUAUCUAUAUAGUUAACCUCUUUUCACUUUCACAUGAAAUGUCGUGAUAAAAAAAUAUGUAAUUAGAUCGUCCGAAAUGUAUUGCGCGAUUAAACUAUAUUUUUGGAUGAGCUUGACCUUUUCAUUACAUCAUGCGAGUUUAUUUAAAAGAGGACUGACUAAUAUCAAAUUCCCCUAAAUAAACGAUUAUCAUUGUUAAACUUUAAGUAUAAGUGACAUGAUAACAGAUUUUUUUGAAGCCUGAUAACUGAAUUAUUCAUUUGUAAAAGUAAAUCUUUUUCAAAAGAAUAUCCCAUAUAUCUCCUCUAUUUUUGGGGUAAACUUUUCAGGUUGCUUAUGUCAAGGUAAGGUUGCAUACCGUCUCUUAAAACUGAUUUAAACACAAAUGACUAAACCUACUAGUAAUCCGCUGGAAUUAUGUAACAUUCUAACGGUCUAAUCCCUGCGUUUGUCAUUACGUUUCCAUUAGAAACCAAUCAUUUAUUCAAUAUUAUGUCUUUACGAAGGAAAGACUGUUAAGUGUGCAAACGAAAUGUGGUAAAAAUUGAAUUGAAUGUCGGGGCGAUAAUAACCAUACUUUUUUAAUGUUAAAUAAAAGUGCAAUAUGCAACGUUUUCGAGCAUAACAGGUGAAUGCUGUAAGUAAGAACAUAAUUUUCAUUGAGGAUCUCAUUCCAAGCUCUAACUCACGAGUUUUGCCUUUUUUCAUCCAACAAUUCAGGACACUACAGUAGAUAUAUUUUGAUGGUUUUGGAUGACUAAAUUAAAGUCAUCAAUGAAAAUUACACUCAUAUAUUCAGCAUUGACAUACUGAAUAAAUUGAAAAACGCAAAAUUUAUUGAACAUCAAAAAAGCAUGAUUAUCUUCGCCCAAAUAACAUAGCUGAAUAACUUUAUUUUCCAAUCGUUCAGUCUUUUCUUUUAACCCGUUAACAGUAGUAUAUUCAAGUUAUUUAAUAAAAUGUAUUUGUUAUUUUUAAACAAUUAUUUUAAGUUCACAAUAAACUUUGAAAAAAAGGUUUAGCCCAACAUUAAUUCACGUUAUAUCAUAUUCUAAUUUACUAGGUAUAUAUAUAUUCACAAUACAAAAGGACACUAAAAUAAAUAUACAUCAAACAAUUAGAAUAUGUGAUUGUUAAGAGCAUCGAAGAUAUAAAGUGUUAUAAUCUCUUCUUACGGUAUAACCCAGCUAUUCCUAUUGCUUAGUAUUCUUCGACACCGAUACACUCGACAAGACCCCAAAUCAGAACACGGUUGAACAGGAAAGAGGUUAUAUUCCAAAUAACAAGGUUAGAUGGAAGCAAGAUGCAAGCCAGAAGCCAGUAGGAAGCACAAUAGAGAAAACGUCAGUAUAUUUAUAGUUUUUACAUGAGAAGAUUCUAGAGUAUUCGCCAACUAUCGACUAGUGCUGAUUGGAUAAGAAUGUCCCGCUAACAUAAAGUGUAUAUGAUAAAAUAAAAACAAUAUAUAAAUGAAUGUGAUUUAAAAAAAAAUAAUGGGAAAAAGUUCUUCUCACUUUUAUAAAGUAAAACAAAAAUUACAUUUAGAAUUCACCAAUCAAUUCUUUUAUUUUAAAAAAAACCAUAUUUGAUAACGUCUCAAACUAUUGACUUACUUACAUCUUUUAUAAGAUCUUAAUCAACGAAAAAAAAGUUGUACAACACCGAAAAAUUCCAAUUCUAUGCAAC